AUGAAUUAUUUUAUUCAAUUGAACAAUAAUGAAGAUCUUAUUAUAUCACGGAGUGAUGAUAAGACAAUUAAGUUUUAGGUGAAGACAAAUCUAUGGAUAUGUUCAUAGACUAUUUUAGAUCAUACAAAGUCUGUAUGUAGAUUAAGUUUAAAUGACGAAUAAAAUAAAGUAAUAUCUUUUUUUGAAUGGAUAAUUUAAUAUUAAUAAUAUAAUAGUUAUCAUAAGAUUAGCAAUGGAAUGUUAUAUCAAGAUAUCAGUUGAUGUGUUUAGUCGUAGUUUAUGUUUCAUCAAUGAUAAUAUAUUUAAAUUUAACCUAGACGUAAAGAGUUCGUGCAUAUAAAUGAGAUGAGCAGUACAAAUAAAUAGUAUUCAAAGACAACAGAUAUUUCUGUGAAAACUUGGUAAUUAUUGUGAAUUAUACUUUCCUUAAUAAUAUAUAAUCAAAAUGCCUGCUUGUUAAUAAGAAUGGUUGCAAUAUUAAUUUGAUAAAGAAGAACAACAAUGAAGAAUUGGUAACAACUUAAUUUAAUACUUUUUGAGAAAAUUUUCUAAUUGGAUCGAUGA